GAUUGGUGGAUUGAGGGGGGCGGUAACUAUACAUUCAGGAAGAGGUCCAUGGACUGUAAACUCUGCUAGCUUGCUAUUUGAAUCCGAUGGAAAAAUAACUCCGUUUGGUCGUUAAAUCGUCGUUAACCAUGUCUGCAAGAAACCCGGGCAUGCCCCUUGACCUGGAAUGGGUGUCCAAGGUGCGGGUGAACACCCAGGCAGUGCUGAAGAGAGCUCAGCAGAUCCAAGGACGCAAUAAGAACACGAAACAAUGGCAGGCGGCGUGGCUGCUGCGGGCGGUGACCUGUAUUGACCUGACGACCCUGGCCGGUGACGACACACCCGGCAACGUCCACCGGCUGUGUAUGAAGGCUACCCAGCCGGUACGCUACGACCUGCUGAAGAGCAUGGACAUGCAGGACAAAGGUGUGACUACUGCAGCGGUGUGCGUGUACCCAUCUCGUGUGGCUGAUGCUGUGAAGUCACUGAAAGCAGCCAACUCCAGCCUACCUGUCGCCUCAGUGGCGACCGGUUUCCCUGCAGGCCAGACCUCUCUGAAGACCAGGCUGGAGGAGGUCCGUAUGGCUGUAGAGGAUGGAGCUAUGGAGAUCGAUAUAGUCAUUAACAGGACUCUGGCCCUCACUGGCCAGUGGGAAGCCAUGUAUGAGGAGGUGUGUCAGUUCAGAGAGGCCUGUGGGGAGGCUCACAUGAAGUCCAUCCUGGCUAUAGGAGAGCUGGGGACCUACACCAAUGUCUACAAGGCUAGUCUGGUGGCUAUGAUGGCUGGGUCGGACUUCAUCAAGACGUCAACAGGGAAGGAGUCUGUCAACGCUACCUACCCUGUCGCCAUAGUGAUGGUCAGAGCCAUCCGGGACUACUUCCUGAAGACUGGACAUAAGGUUGGUUUUAAGCCUGCUGGUGGGAUCCGUACAGCCAAGGAGUCGUUGGUGUGGCUGACUCUGAUGAAGGAAGAGCUGGGAGACGAGUGGCUGAGCCCUCGCCUCUUUAGACUGGGGGCUAGUAGCCUGCUGGCUGACAUAGAGAGACAGAUCUACCAUCACGUGACUGGUCGCUACGCAGCCUAUCACCAGAUGCCCAUGGCCUGAAACCACGGUUACCAUUUCCAAAGUGACCAAUUCCGAAACCUCACCCGAACCAGCCUAUCGCUGUGCAAGAUACCUCUGUUGUUGGACUUGGAGAGAGAGCCUGAUGUUUUACUGUGUACAGUACUACUCGUAUAUCUGUCAUUUUACUGUGUACAGUACUACUGGUAUAUCUGUCAUUUUACUGUGUACAGUACUACUGGUAUAUCUGACAUUUUACUGUGUACAGUACUACUGGUAUAUCUGUCAUUUUACUGUGUACAGUACUACUGGUAUAUCUGACAUUUUACUGUGUACCAGACAUACAGUACUACUGGUAUAUCUGGCAUUUUACUGUGUACAGUACUACUAGUAUAUCUGACAUUUUACUGUGUACCAGACAUACAGUACUACUAGUAUAUCUGUCAUUUUACUGUGUACAGUACUACUAGUAUAUCUGUCAUUUACUGUGUACAGUACUACUGGUAUAUCUGUCAUUUUACUGUGUACAGUACUACUGGUAUAUCUGUCAUUUUACUGUGUACAGUACUACUGGUAUAUCUGUCAUUUUACUGUGUACAGUACUACUGGUAUAUCUGACAUUUUACUGUGUACCAGACAUGCAGUACUACUGGUAUAUCUGUCAUUUUACUGUGUACAGUACUACUGGUAUAUCUGACAUUUUACUGUGUACCAGACAUGCAGUACUACUGGUAUAUCUGUCAUUUUACUGUGUACAGUACUACUGGUAUAUCUGACAUUUUACUGUGUACCAGACAUGCAGUACUACUGGUAUAUCUGACAUUUUACUGUGUACAGUACUACUGGUAUAUCUGACAUUUUACUGUGUACCAGACAUGCAGUACUACUGGUAUAUCUGUCAUUUUACUGUGUACAGUACUACUGGUAUAUCUGACAUUUUACUGUGUACAGUACUACUGGUAUAUCUGUCAUUUUACUGUGUACCAGACAUGCAGUACUACUGGUAUAUCUGACAUUUUACUGUGUACAGUACUACUGGUAUAUCUGUCAUUUUACUGUGUACCAGACAUGCAGUACUACUGGUAUAUCUGACAUUUUACUGUGUACAGUACUACUGGUAUAUCUGACAUUUUACUGUGUACAGUACUACUGGUAUAUCUGUCAUUUUACUGUGUACCAGUCAUGCAGUACUUCUGGUACAUCUGCCUCUUUGUGCCUUGAGACAGCUAGCCAGUAUGGUUUCAUCUAGUCCCCAUCCAUACUACUG